GAGUAUGGAGUAGUGGCCAUAGGUUGGGAUGAGUACGGAGUAGUGGCCAUUGGUUGGGAUGAGUACGGAGUAGUGGCCAUUGGUUGGGAUGAGUAUGGAGUAAUGGCCAUUGGUUGGGAUGAGUAUGGAGUAGUGGCCAUUGGUUGGGAUGAGUACGGAUUAGUGGCCAUUGGUUGGGAUGAGUACGGAGUAAUGGCCAUUGGUUGGGAUGAGUACGGAUGGCCAUUGGUUGGGAUAAGUACGGAUUAGUGGCCAUUGGUUGGGAUGAGUACUGAGUAGUGGCCAUUGGUUGGGAUGAGUACUGAGUAGUGGCCAUUGGUUGGGAU